UAUCAGUGAAUGCGCUAAUCUAGUUCUGAGACAAAAUGCUAAUAUUUAUCUAAAAUAAGCUUGUCAUUAGCGUUUCAUUGUUUUCGUUCAAACAUGGAUGUGUCAACAGAUUCACUGUCACCAGGCAGCGAAGAAGGCAAUGGUGUACUCAAUGAGAACUUGUUAAGUUCCAAGCAGUUGUUUGCACAUAGAAAGCCCACUGAGAAAUGCCUCCCCAAAAAAGGAGUGAAGGAUUAUUGCCCAGAUGGAUCUUGGCUGGAUGGGCGUCGCAGGGAGCUGUUUUGGGAAGAGAGGAGAGCUCUGCUGGCAGAGCAACGAGUGGAGAAACUUGGCAGCCUUGUUAGAGGACAGUGGAACCCAGAUAAGGACCUCGUUGAGCUGGAGAAAGAAUUGGGUAAAUUUUGGGCUUACAUGGGCUUUGUGAAUCAGCAGAGAAAAUGGCUGUACCCAGAGGAAGCCCUCUUCCUGAUGGAAACGAACGUUCUGGAGGUUUGGUACAGAGGUGUUCCGGUGAGCAUUCAGCAGGCGUAUUCGUGUUUCCUGGGAAGGGCCAUCACAUUGGACGAGUACCAGGUGUAUGCGCACUUACGACGCUUGGGAUUUGUUGUCAUUCGCCACUUAGGACAGUAUGGAGCAACAAGAUAUGAAAGACAGAUUCGUCUUGAUCAGCACACAAGAAAAACAAAACGUAAACGAAAAUUGGAAGGAAAAGGUUGUGAAAAUGACGGUGUUGAAGAUAAUAAGAGUUUAUUACCUAAGGUGACCAGAAAGGAUUCAACGAACCCCAGCAGUGUCAAUCCACACACAGCAACAAACAAGGAGACAGAGUUUUUGACAACACCUGCAAAUAGCACCGCUCAUGAAACUAAGAAGUUGUGUACUGAUGAAAAGAUGAUGGACAGUGAAGAGCCUCUGUCAACAUGGAAUCUGCCAAAGACCAACAGUCGCAUCACACCUUGUUUUGUAGACUUUUCAGACAUUGAACUACCGUCUGUAUGUGGUAAAAACAAGGUUGUCUGGAAAUCACCAUCGCCAAAUCUGUUACCUACAAAUGUGGUGUACCCCAGUGAUAGACAUGUCAGUAUUUCACAAUUCCCAAUUAACCUCGCAAAGGAGAAGAAAUCCAUGUUACAUCUAGAAGACUCAGAAAAUGAAGUCAACCUUGAAUUUUCAUUCCCACACUUCAUGUUGAAAUCUGCAUAUAAAGGAAUCAAGGCCAAAAAUUGGCACGAGUAUAAAUUAGCAAAACAGUUAAAAGAUCAAAAGUUGAAUUGCCCAGAGAAUUCCCCAGUAGCACACCUCUGGACCAGGGAGAUAACUCCUCUCAUUAGACCUCAAGAUGCGUCGUGCACAGCAAACAUCCAGCAGAGACUUCGUGUCAUCAAGGAGUUUGAUGUGCAGGCAGUUAAAAGCACAACACAGGUAGAUUCCUCUCUCAAGGUCGCCUUUGAUGUCUAUUACCCAGACUCCAAGUUUAAGAAGUCCACACCAGGUAUACCUCACUGCAGAAUUCAUGUACAGAAACAGAGUGACCCACCCCCAACACUGUCACAGAUUACAGAGGUUGCUACCAGGUUAAAUGAUGAUGUCUCUUUACUCUGCGCUGUGGUUGAUUCAGCCUCUGCUCUGAUGUGCUACCAGUGUAACUCUAGUUUGGACUAUAACUGUCAAGAAAUGUUCGACCAUGACAGCGGUAACAACCCCCUAACGGCGUCUUACUGUGACCUGUAUGAGGCAAAAUAUUGUAUCAAAACGACGGGCAUCUGGGGAGGUAUUGUUGCCACACACCGUUUUUGCAGUGCCAAGGACAUGGGAGACCAGUGUCAGUACAUCAUGUACCCCGACCAUGACCGGAUGUACCAGGCCUGUGUGUAUACCUGCUGGCAUGAUGACUGUAACAGCUCACCUGGACUCUCUCACCUGAGCUGGCCUCUCCUCUUAUUUACAGCCCUUACCUUAUACAUUAUAAGAUAGUCAUUACUCUUCCAUUAUUAACAGAUCACCUGAUGCCAUUGAGCUUUUCAUCGUAUUCAUUGACUGCAGUGUUGGUUGUUGGCAUUUUAAAUACAAUAAGUAAAUAAUUACGGUGUGGUGCUCUCAGUUAAUUUUAAGUUUUACUUCCCAGUAAAAUGAAUUGACUCAGCCUUUCUUAUAUGCACUGGGUGAAGGUGGAAAUGAAGUGCUAGGCUUUACACUGGUGACUAAUUAAGUAUGCACUUGUAAACCAUUUCAAGAAGACCUAACCAUUUUUCCUCUACAUUUCUUACAUGCUUCCUCCCCCUUCAUAUUCAAGCCUUGACCUCAUUUUAAAAGAUCAGUUUUGUUUUCAAUUUUUAAUUUCCUGUUUAAGGUUGUAAAUGCAUACAUUUAGGUAUUGUUACCACUCUCACAGAAAGAUAAUGUUACCACUCUCACAGAAAGGUAUUGUUACAAGUCCCACGUGACACAUUGGGAAUUAGCUCUGUAGGGCUGUGAUUAGGUAUACUGUCACAACCAAGUUUUGUUCCAUAAGCUGCUGGGCACCAAAUAAUUUGUCUGUCCAUAGUCAUAGUCAUUUCAGCCAUCCAUUUCAGGUAGGUGUUCCCAUCAGUCAUCAAAUCCACACAAGCAUGAAACUAGUGGGGACUGGAUAAA